AUGACGAGUGUGGUGCGUGCGUGGAGCAUCCUUGAUGACGAAGACUUGAGCUCGCCGGUUCCAUCACCUCAGCCUGCUCCUGAUACUAAUAUGGAAAUUGCUGAAGACCUAGCUACCGGUGGCUCUGAGGAGAUGGAUGUUGAUCAGGACGGUGGUGAUGAUGUGCAUCAGCAGACUGCUAAUCGCAUUGUACCUCGCUAA